AAUAGGAGGGACAGCCGGACGAGUCACAGGAGAGCGCUGCUGUUGCGCCAAACCCGUCUCCCACUGUACGUCGCUGUCCUGCCCUCAGUCACACAGACACAGACAGCCAGACAGUCAGUGAGUUGGAGUUGGAAAUAAACGGGAGCGUCCGGUGAUCACAGACAACACGGCCCGCAUCUCUGUCCUGACGGAAACUUGUUGACGUCUGGCUAACUUUUACGCACAGUUUUGAGUUUAUGAGAAGCGAAACGCGGGAGUGACACCGCCGUGGAAUGGAGAAGCACAAAGUGCUGGACCAGCUCCUGCUGGAGCUGCAUCGCUUCCUGCUGAUCCUGGACAAAGAGAACCUGAGUGGGAACGCCACAGUGCAAAAGAGCCUGCUGUCCGACUUGCUGCAGACCUACAGAAGACCAGCUGGUGGAGAUGAGGAGUAUAUCUACAUGAACAAAGUUGUGGUCAACGACAGCAAAGAUGACCGAGCUGAUGGCCUUGAGAAUGGAAAAGCUGGAAAGUUCAGUCCAGUCCCACAGAAAAACCUCCCAGAGCUGCCUCCUCCCAGAACAGGUGUAAUGGGCCGAGAGCCGUUCCCUUUACCUCCUCUUCCUGCUGCAGCCAUUGACACUUCAGAGAGCUACUAUGAAGAGGCCCAGCCGUAUGAGGAAGCUGUCAAUGAUGAUGGAGAGGCAGUGAGUAGCUCAUACGAGUCCUAUGAUGAGGAGGAAGUGACCAAAGGCAAAUGUCCGUCCGCUCAGCACCAGUGGCCCUCAGCCGAGGCCCCAUUCGAGCUGAUGAGAGACUCUCGGAUCUGUGCUUUCCUCUGGAGGAAGAAGUGGCUGGGACAGUGGGCCAAACAGCUCUGUGUGAUCAGAGACGACCGCCUCAUGUGCUAUAAGAGUUCGAAGGAGCAGACCCCAUUGCUGGAUGUGAGUCUUCUGGGCUGCUCUGUGGUCUACAAAGAGAAGCAGCUGAAGAGGAAGGAGCACAGACUGAAGAUCGUCCCGGUGGGUGGAGAGACCAUUGUCCUGGGUCUUCAGAGCAGAGAGCAGACGGAGCAGUGGCUCAAGGUGAUCCAGGAGAUUAGCCCCAGACCAUCUGAAAACGGGGAUUCACAGCAUUGCGCCUCUGACUCACCCAGGCUUAUCUGCACCAAGGGCGAGCUGGGAGAUAGGUACUCAGUGGCAUCAGAAAGUGGCAGUAGCACUGACAGUCACACUGAAGCAUAUGAAAACAAAGAUGUGAAGAAGAAAUUUCAGUUCAGUAAUCUCAUGAACAUCGGCAAGAAAAAGGCCCUGUCCUUAGAGAGUCCAGAAAAAUGCAUUGAUACAUCAGGUUACCUCAAUGUGCUGGUGAACAGUCAGUGGAGGACAUGCUGGUGCCUUAUCAAGAAUGGACAGCUGUGGUUUUAUCAGGACAAGAGCAAGUCCAAGAUCAGCCAGCCCGCGGUCAGCCUGGAGGGGUGUAGCGUGUGCCCGGACCCCAGCCCUGAGCACCUCUACUCCUUUAGGAUCCACUCAGAGGGAACACAGCUCACUACAUUAGAGGCCAAAACAUCUGCAGAUAUGGGUCACUGGCUGGGCCUCUUAUUGUCUCAGACUGGAUCCAAGACCAGCCCUGAAGACCUGACGUAUGACUAUGUAAAUGCAGAGAGGAUCUCAAGUAUCGUCAGUGCAGCCAAGACUUCACUAUAUCUGAUGCAGAGGAGGUACUCAGAGCCCAAUACUUACAUGGAAACCCCACCCUCAUUUUCCCAAAAUUCUGAAGAACUAUACGAUGACGUAGCAUCGCUUGCAGAUCCUGAGGAUGUGGAAGAGACUGAAUCCCUGCACAAUGAGGACACACCCACAGAAAAAGACACAAGUGAAAACAGUGACACAUAUGAAAGUGUAAAAAGCACAAAUGGUACAGCAGAAGAUGCCGACAGCAGUAUUUACCUGGACCUUAUACCUGUACGCUCCUUCUUACACACGAGUGGAAAGAACUCACCUGCCAAAGACACUGUCACUGUCCCAGAGCCUAUAGAAGAACACAAGGAGCCCAUAGAGGUCAGCACACCCACCCCAUCUGAAACAGUGCCAGUAUUAAAUGAACCAAACACCCCAGAGGAGCCCUCCCAAACACAAGUCCCAUCACAGUCACAGGAAAAAACACUGAAGUCAUCGCCCCAAAAUCAGGAGAGUCUGAGGAGGGGCACCGUGGGACAGAUCAGUAAAAGCUUCUUGAGUCCAGCUGCGCCAGGCCAAAGCAGCACAGGACAUCAAAGCCCUCAAACACCCCGAGCCAAAAACAUGAACGGGGCAGAGAGGCCAAAGACUCAUUCUGUAGGUUCCCAUAGCACAGUGGAGGGUAAACUGGGGAAGAACCGCACUGAAGCUGACCUGAGGAGAUACCGGGAAGAGCGAGAGCGCCUGGAGAGAGAGAGGGAGGAGGUGAGGAGCAGUCUGGCCAAACUGAAGAAAGAGAGGAGCGAAGUCAAAGAGGAGCUCACUGCAUGCCAAGACCCCAAACAGCAAGCUGCACUAGAGACCCGUCUAAAGCAGAUGGAUGAGGCGAGCCGGGAGGCAGAGAGGCGGAGGGUGGAGGUGGAGCUGCAACUGGUGGAGGUGAAAGAGAAUCUGAAGAAGGCCGAGUCCGGACCCUUCACCCUGGGAACCACACUGGACCUCCAGGACACGUCUAAAACUGCAACACUUCCACCAUCUGUGCACCUGUCCACAUCAUCAUCAUCCCCAUACCAAACGCCCAAAGCUUCCAACAGUACUGUGAGUGGAGAUCCAGCCUCUCCUGUCAACUCCGCAUCAGUGCUGAAAAACAGACCGGCCUCUAUAAUGGCAACAAAAGGCAAAGUUCUACAGAAAGCUAAGGAAUGGGAGAAAAUGUCAACCACUUGAGAAUCUUUGAAAUUCCUAUGAACUGCGAAAGAUAACAUUGUCAAAGCUCCUUACAUUACUUCACAGAUCAGACAAGUUGUGACCACCAGUCUAAUAUAAACAUUAUACAAACAGAUGGUAGACUUAUACUUCAUCAGAGCUACAGCUGCUCAUCUGUUGGAUUCAACCACUGCUCCACUCAACAUUGACCUGAACUUGGAAAUGCCCCCUGCACCUGCGGUUUUCUGGCAAAUGUAACACCAACAAUAAGGAUGCAAUGUUUGACAGAUUUCUUGUACAGUAUCUCCCUUGAACUCCAAACAGCUGUUGUGGUCAAAAUGUUGUCUGAUCCAGAGCCAUUGGACAACACUGGUGUGAUGUAAAUGUAGCCAGUAACUACUGUUUCAUCCAUUUCCACAUUGGGAUUUCAAUAAGGGUUUAUGGCCACUAAAGACAUAGAAACCAGCCUUCCUCUUGAAAUGUUUCUUUGUACACUUUAGAUUGUAGCUUGGUUCAUAUAUGCUGGUAGCCAAGAUGUAAAUAUAUUUAGACCAUUAGCCAUUGGCUUGUAUUGCUAGCUAAAAUGCACUUUUUAUUCAAAUAAAAUAUACU